AUGACGGUCAACGAACCCAAGAUAAUAUCUGGCCCUGCUCGUAAGAAGCCGGCAACCCCAAAGAAGCGAACGCAGAAUCCCACAACUCCAAUAAAACGCCGUUCCGAAUCUCUUCACUCUCCUGAUAUUCACGCCAAUGGAACCACCAACACCGUCAUGGAUGACGCGCAUGAGUCCUCCGCAGCAUUUCGUGCACGUGUAACGGAAAUUACACGCUUUAAAGUUUAUUCCCGUGUGCGGCCCUUCAUUGCUGAAGAACUUGCCGACAUGGAAGGACAAGAACGUCGUUCCAUUGUAGAGAUGACAGAUAAUAAAACUGUUAUUCUUGAUCCAAAGGAUGACUGGACACCAAAGGCACAGUUUGAAUUUGAUGGAAGUCUCUGGUCCAUCCCACCAGAGCACCGCAUUGUUCAUACCUUUCAAGACACCAAACGCAGUACGUAUGCAACUCAAAAAGAUGUUUACGAAAUUAUCGCAAAGGAACUUGUGCCACAUGUUUUUGAUGGGUUUAAUAGCUGUAUCCUUACAUAUGGGCAAACCGGCAGUGGUAAGACUUACACCAUGAUGGGUUUAUAUGAUCCUAAUGCCUCCUGUGGUGGAGAUGGUGAAGAGGGUAUUAUUCCACGUGUCUCUAAUGACCUCUUCCUCAUUCUCGGUGAAAAACAAAAGGAAGAGUUAAAGAAGGAACCACAUGAGCGUGUCCGCUUUCGUGUUGAGGUGAGUUUUGUAGAAAUAUACAUGGAGCGUGUACGGGACUUGCUGGAUCCUGCCCUGCGUAAUACCAAGGGUAAUGAGAAACUGCAAGAUGCCCGUAUUCGUCAAGAUCCCUACAGUGGUCCCUUUGUGGAGGGGGUUACGAAGUAUCAAGUAGAGAAUUGGGCACAAUGUUGUCUUUUGCUCGAGCGCGGCUCACGGCAUCGCACAACAUGUGCAACCGCUAUACAUAAUCAAUCCAGUCGCAGUCAUGCAAUCUUUCAACUCACAGUGAUUCAAGAAUUGACAAUUCCCGCCAAAGAUCGUUACUCCCGUCCUGUUGUACGUUGUCAGGCAGGUCGUAUUAAUCUUGUGGAUCUUGCUGGAUCUGAACGGGGUGGAUUUCAAGAGUAUGUAAAGGAAUCCGCAGCCAUUAACACUUCUCUGUUAGCACUCCGUCGUGUGAUUGAUAAUCUGACGGAACGGCAAAAUAUUCUGAUGGAACAGGCAAAGGCCGUGAUUACCGGUACUUAUUAUCAAGAUCGUCCACUACCACAAGUGCCAUUCCGCGAUAGUGUGCUCACAUGGCUUCUCAGUGACAGUAUUGGCGGUAAUGCACGCACAACGAUGGUGGCCACACUUAGUCCUCUUGUGAAGAACUAUGGAGAUACACUGGCCACCCUGCAGUGGAGUAGUAAAGCCCGUAAUCUCGUUACACUGGUAAAGGUAAAUGAUGCACAGACCACCGUCACUGGGGGAAUGUCUAAUAAAGCCGGUGAACUUCAAAAUGCUGUUCGUAUUCAACGUCAAAAUAUGGAUUCCCUGCGGGAGACACUGCGGCAAAAACAAGAGUUAGCCGAACGAUUGGAGGUGGAAUCACGCAAUAUGACCAAGCAAACAGGAAAGAAUAAGGAAUUAGUAAAGAAAAUAGAAUCUGAACGAUAUGCGUUUACAGUACUUCGGGCAUUACAACGUCAGGUGGCAGUUAAGAAAAUACGUAUGCUUUCAGAUCAAUAUGAUAAACUGAAGAGACAACUCGCCGCCCAGCAGAAUACAAUGGCAGAGGCUGAAAAAAGGAGAGAACGAUCUGCACAAGAUGAAGCUAAAUUGCAGAAACGAUUGGAAAAGGAACGUCAUCGUGAGGAAGACCUUCGCAUACAAGUGGCAGAGAAGGAAAGUGCGAAUGAAAACUUUAAUCAAGAAUUCGAAGAGGUAUCCGAACAAUACAAUACAUUAAUAAAAGAAGUGGAAUCGGAUGAAUCAGUGCAGAAGGCACUUGCGGAUAUAAACGGAAAACAACGAGAAGCCCAACGGCGAGUGGAUAACUCACGUAACGAGGCAGAGGAAUUGAACAAAAAGGCAGAAAUGAUGGAAACAAAAAUACGGGAAAGUAAACAGCCGAAUUGGCGUUCAAAAAUACAGAAGGAUGAAGAAGAUGCGGUGGAACUGCGACGUCAACGGGAUGAACUGCGACGUAAAUUUGAUGAGUUGCAGGCAAAGCGUGAUGAAUUGAAAACGGAAUUGGACAAACGGAAGAAGAAGCGAUAA